UGAGUUUCAAUAAAUCCACACUUGUUUUAAUAGUCAAAGAUUUGAUGCGUCGAUCCUCUGCCUGCAUAAAAAAAAAAAAAAGCCAGGAAAAAAAAAAAAAACAAUGCAGGCUGAUGUAAAAGGGAAUACCCAGUGUUCCUGUUGAAAUGCACUUAUUUUCCAAAUCGCAUGUCUUAAGAGCUGUGACGUAGCUUAUGUGCGCAUAGUUCCUAUAGUCUUGACGCAGUGUUUGUUGUGACAGUAAUAGAAGAAGCUCAGCGCACCGGCUGCACUGUUGCAUGCACGUCGAGUAGUUAAUUAUUUUACCGCAUUCAACUGCAGUUCCCCCUCCACACACACACUCUCACACACUCACAGCGGAAAAAAAAGAAACAACGUUCACGCGAACAACACCUGUGCUUUGUGGAAUACUUGAGCUUUUCUUUUUCUUUUUCCUAUCUAAAACGGGAAUAUCGUCUGUGAGGACUCUGGAAAUGCUGUGUGCUUUAAAGACAUUUGGAUGGGGGAAACGGAGUGGCUCUACGAAAGCUGUCGGCGUUGUUAGAGAGGAGAAACCCAUCCUGGAAUGAGACCAAUCUAAACCCUUCGACGGCGAUUUUUGUGGACAUUUCCAACACUUGCCCUGUAUGUGGACUGUUUUUUCCCCCCCGCGCGAGCGAGCGAGCGAGCGAGCAAGCAAGCAUUCCCUCAUCCGAUGGAUUUUUGCCUUUGCAGCUCAGCAGAGGGUGUUAGAUCUGCCAGUGAACACCGGGCUGAAAAGUCCAGAAUCUCUCAGCAACCGUCUUUGUGAUGCAAAAGCGUUGAACGAAGCCGCCGGAGUCCGAGGAAGGAUGCUAAAGAUGUAAGAAUCUCGGAUUAAUCUUACAGCGAUGUAUUGAGAUGUGCGCGGUGUGAUUUCAGCACCACGGGAGAAAGAACAGCUCCCGCGCCGUGGAUAUGUGAGAAAUGCACAAGGUCAGUGAUUUGCGAGCCCGAAAAGCCAAAUAAUUGAGUUGAAGAUGUCAUUCUGUAGGCUUUAAUAUUGUUUUGAUGGCAUGCGAUGGGGAGGUGAUGAAAAAGAGGCUUCUUGCUGUCGAUUUUUCUCAAUCUGGACAUAGCGAGCUGAGCAUGGAUAUAAUCACAGAGUGUCCCCUGCUUUUUUAGACUGGAGAUAUAUCUCAUUUCUCGCCCUCUUGCUGAUUGUAUUCAUGUCUUGAUGUCGGGGAUGAUUGUGUCAUAUUGAAAAUGCUGCUUUGGAUUGUGUUGCUGAAGGCGGCUCUUUGUGUAGCUAUCGGGAAUGUUACAAGGGACGUCUGUAAGGAGCAGAUCUGCUCCUGCAAUGCAAUAGAAGGCGAUUUGCACAUUGACUGUGAGAAAAGGAGCCUCACAAACCUGCACCAUUUGACAGGUCCGAGCUCCCAGUUUUAUCACCUCCUGCUUCACGGGAAUUCUUUAUCCAGACUGUUCCCCAACGAGUUUGCUAACUUUUACAAUGCCGUGAGCUUGCAUUUGGAGAACAAUGGCUUGCACGACAUCGUGCCGGGCGCUUUCCUAGGACUGCAGCUUGUGAAACGGCUGCACAUUAAUAACAACAAGAUCAGGUCUUUCAAAAAGAGUACGUUUCUCGGUUUAGACGACCUGGAGUACCUUCAAGCCGACUUCAACCUUCUGAGGGACAUUGACCCAUCUGUGUUCAGGGACCUGAGUAAGCUCGAAGUUUUAAUCUUAAACGACAACCUUAUUAGCGCUCUUCCCAUCAACGUGUUUCAGAACGUGCCCAUCACGCACCUCGAUCUGAGGGGGAACCGAAUAAAAACGUUGCCUUACGAAGGGAUUCUAGAGCAGAUACCUGGCAUCGUGGAGGUUUUACUGGAGGACAACCCAUGGGAUUGCAACUGCGACCUGGUUUCCCUAAAGGAAUGGCUAGAGAACAUCCCGCAGAACGCGCUCAUUGGAAGGGUCAUUUGUGAGGCGCCCACUCGGCUGCAAGGGAAUGACCUGAAUGAAACGGCCGAGACCGAGCUGUGCCCUUCAAAGAGCGGCAUGGAUUCCAGCCUGGUGGCGCCUCCCACCCAGGACGAGACCCCCAAUCGCGGCCCCCAUCCUACGCCCUAUAAAACGAGCGGGGUGACCGAGUCCCAUAGCGCCAGGGGAGGGCAUAACAAGGGGCCUCCUAAAGCCAGGGAGAAUUGGCAGUUGAAAAUGAAGCCCACGGCCAUGGCGACUGGUGCAAUUGAAAGGGAGCCGCCGGCUAAUUCGACCUGCCCUCAGUCUUGUAGUUGUAAGCUUAUAGGAACUAGACAAGGGCUUGGGGUUAACUGCGAGGGCAGGAAGAUAGAAAGUGUGGCUAAUCUCAAACCCAAACCCCUGACCGCGCACGAGUUAAAUCUGCGCGACAACAACAUUCACACUGUCAGAAGGAACCAGCUCAGAGGCUAUCAUAGCUUGAAUUUGCUUGAUUUGGGGGGGAAUAACAUAAAAAUGAUCGAAAACGGCACUUUUCAUAAUCUGACCGAGUUGAGGUGGCUCUACAUGGACAAGAACUACUUGGAUAAUUUAAUGGCGGAGAUGUUCGUUGGCCUUCAGAACCUGGAGUAUCUCAGUUUGGAAUAUAAUGACAUCCAGCUCAUAAUGCCGGGCACCUUCAGUCCGAUGCCCAACUUGAGGGUGCUCUUCCUCAACAACAACCUGCUCAAAGCUCUACCCGUGGAUGCGUUCUUGGGGGUUUCUUUGUCUAAAAUAAGCUUGCAUAACAAUUAUUUCACAUAUCUUCCCGUGCCAGGUGUCCUAGACCAACUCAACUCCAUUAUCCAGAUCGAUUUACAUGGGAACCCCUGGGAUUGCUCGUGCAACAUCGUCCCAUUCAAACAGUGGACAGACAAACUCGGGGCGGACGUCAUUGUGAGCGAUCUCAAGUGUGAGUCCCCCGAGGAGUUCUGGAAGAGGGAUUUCCGGCGAAUCAGGAAUGAUCUGAUGUGCCCUCAGCUGUACGAGAAGAUCUCCCCCACCUCCUUGUCCAAAAACAGCACUUUCCCAGUAGACACGGGGACGAGGCCCAACUCCUACCUGGAGCCCAGCAGAGUGUCGAUAUCGGUGCUCGUGCCCGGCCUGCUGCUGGUUUUCGUGACGUCUGCCUUCACCGUGGUGGGAAUGCUGGUCUUUAUCCUGCGCAAUCGAAAGAGAUCGAAACGGAGAGACGGCAACUCUUCUGCGUCAGAAAUCAAUUCUUUACAGACAGUUUGCGACUCGUCCUACUGGCACAGUGGAGCUUAUCAUGCAGACGGGCCACACAGAGGCUACGACUGUGGUGCCCACUCUCUCUCCGACAAAUGAUGCUCACAGAGACACGAGCGAGCAAAAGGACGUACUGCGUUUCGUAUGUUGGAGGGCGACACACAAACAUUAGACCUCUGACUCACCUCUGUGGAAAAAAAUAGCCUAUUUUUUGUUGCUUCGGUUGAGUAUAGCGUCCAUGAAACACUGCAAUGGGGCCCCCACUGUUAUAUAUGUACAGAGCCUCUCUCUCUUUCUCUCUCCUCCCAGCUCAGACUGCAAACACGCUCAAAAGAGGACGUGGGAACGGUGCACGAACGCAUGAAUGUAAUGUAAAUAACGGACUGUAACAUAUCUGCAUGAUUCGCAUGGUCUCAACACACACUGGGAACCAUUACCAUAGUAUCAAGGAAGCCAACGCGACCCUUCUUUCGUGUUAUCAAUAUACAUAUAUAUAUAUAAAUAUAAAACUAUAUAUGACUAUAUUAAAAGUGCCAUUUCUUCUAUUUUUUGUCAGUUAGAAUUUGUAUUUGCUGUUUGAUUUCUCUUUCUCAAAGGCGGACAGGUCGAAAGGUGGAAAUAACGAGUUGUAAAUGCAUGUACUUUCCGUUUUAUCAGUUGAUUGUUGAUUGGUUGAUAUGGGGAUUAUUUAUACUUUUAUUUUGUGCAGAUUUCUCAUGUAUCUGCCCAGUCAUCUCCUUUAUGAAUGUAAAAAUGUGUUUAUCUUAUAGUGUGCCAACUGUUGACAUGUUUGGGAUGCGGAUAAGCAUGACCGAUUCAAGUCACUGACAUGCUUAUGCUGCGAAAAUUCAAUGUAGCUCCAGUGGUUCGUGAUCUUGUGUGUCGAUGGAUACAGUGUGAGGGUAGAAGGACGCAAGGGGAGGAUUUUUUUUUUUUUUUUCUUCGUUUUGAAGACUAAUGUUUAAAGGGGGUUUCAGUAUGUGCAGAUUUGGAUCCGUCUACAGAGUGCACAUAGACUAAGAUGCCUUUAUUUUUUAUUUAUUAUUGUUAUUAUUAUUAUUAUUCUUUUUAGGGGAUGAAGUAUUCCUUCACAAAAGCCUAUUAUUCACUGUAAGUAUUGUGAGCUUUUGUAAAGCCAUCUAUUUUGUCCAAAUACGAGAAAGGAAUAUUCCGCCGUUUGCUACUUGGAUACGUCCUAUAAGUGGAUGAAAAGGUGUAAAUAUAUAGGAGAAGCAGACCAGAGGCAUGUCUGUGCAUUUGACUGAUGUCAUCACAGCAGCCGUAGAUGGAAUAGCCGCCUCUAGAUGUCGCUGUUGCCUCUCAAGCGUAUGAAACCAUGCUGGGAGCUGAAGUUCACCGGUAUGUGUAGGCGAACCAGCAUUCACAUUAUCAACAUAACUAUAGGCCUAAGUGUGUCACUGUGAUGGCUAAUACUCAGAGAGAAGGGCGGGAUCAGAUUCAGUAGUGAAGAACACGAGUUGAACGCUGUUUCCAAAAUGCCAUUUUUACAAACAAGAUGUAGAGCGCAGUGCCAUGCAUCUUACUGCUAUAGCAUUUAAAUGUCACUGCUGAUGUUUUUGAGGUUGAGUUUGUAUCACUGUAAUGAUUUUACAACAAAACAACAUGAAUAAAGAACAGUUAAAAAGCUAAAAUAAGGUAACCAGCCGUCCAUUUUCAUAGUUCGAAUACCAUCUUUGUAGCUUACCCUUUUUUUCCCCUUCAUGUUAAAGCUCUUGUGUUAGUUUUUUGAAUAUUACAAUAAGAAACAAAAGAAAUGUCCGUCCGGCAGCCGAGUGUGGAAAAUAUUGGCACUGGGAGAUGCUUUUCUCUCUUACCUGUCAAUUUGAUUUAGGUUGCACAAAACAAAGUCAGUUGAAUUGCAGUCCAGCAGGAUGUCCCAGUGGGGUUCCUGUCAUAUUGCAAUGGUUUUACUCUAAUGUAGAUUCAGAGCUUUCAGAGAGAUGUGUGUUGUGACUCUCGCUGCACAUACGCACAUAUUAAAAAAAAACCAAACAAAAAAAACAAAACAAAAACAUACAAUCUCCCUCCCUACCAACCUGAAAUUGAAGGGUGACCCUUCUGAUCUAUUAUUUCUGUUAUACUGGUUCUGGCUGUCCAUCAAGGCAUCUCCUUCUUCUUCUUCUUCUUCUUCUUCUCUAUGUCAUGGUAAUUAUUUGUCGCUCCACUGUGAAAGACUGUACCACAUUCUGGCUUAUCUAUUAUUUGGUGCAUUUUCCCAAGAGUUUGUCUCAGAGUUACAUUUCUAUGCUUUGCUACAUUUGAUCUGCUUCUAUUUUGUUAAAUAAAAUGUGGUGGAGGUUGAGUGAAGUUACA